CCCAGAAUGCCCUUGCCUGAGCGCCGUGAGCCUGAAGACACAGAAAGGAAGGAGAGAGAGGCUAGAACAGAGACACCAGCAGGUGCUGAGGAUAGAGGGAAAUCUGUAGAGCAGGAACAGGGUGCCGCAAAGCGAUGCAAUUAGGGAAAAGUGUGUUAAAGGGUAAAAGUAAAGAAGAGAACACAGUCGGAUAAAAACUCAGAUAAUCAGUUGCUGCUGUUUUCUAACCUGGAUCCCACUUAUUUGGUUUGUCAGCCGGCGUCACUGAGCUCUACACCCUCCUUCUCUCAUACGGAUUCUCCCUCCUCAUCCUCCUCUGCUCCAUCCUGUUCUGAAAGCCCGUGUCACAAUGGAAACUGGGAGCCCCAGGAAGAUACAGUUCACCGUUCCCCUGUUGGACACCCACCUGGACCCAGAGGCAGCUGAACAGAUCAGAAGACGUAGACCCACACCUGCCACUUUAGUGGCAUCCAGUGAUCAGUCUUCACCUGAAAUAGAUGAAGACCGCCUUCCAAACCAGCUGUACAAGGCAGCCUUGUUGAACUCCCCUCGACAGCGGCGGAAAGGGCAAAAGGGUACGCCUACGAUGAAAGAGCUGCAGUUCCUGGUAGAGCACCACCUGUACAGGCAGCAGCAGGGCGCCGGGGAUGAGUGCUCCUCAGAGAGCUGCCUGUCGGACAGACCCAGCCCAGACUCCGUUCCCGCCGGAGAGGAGCUCCCGCAUGACGACGAGGCCACAGCGGAGGCUUUUGAGAAACUGCGCUGCCAGAUGGAGGAGUUCUCCAGGGAGAGUCUAUUAGAGGCUGCAGGUGGACUCGAGUGCCCCCGCUCCAAGGAGAAAGAGGAUUGUUCCAGUGUUGGCAAUGUAGCAGAUCCCUCAUCGCAACAAAACAAUGCACAAGCAGACACAAAAGCCGGAGCAUCCAGCGCGAGUCAGUCGGCGGAGGAGAAGACAAAGAAGUGCAGCCUGCAGAAAGAGAAAUAGAGCGGUCGUCUGUACAACACGACGCCGUUCAGUGCGCUCAGUCAACCCCAACAGGCUGACAGAAGGUUGUGUCUGCAGAUUCACUUUUUAGAAACAUCAGGGCAUCUAUAUUCCUCUACAGUCAGGCCUUAGGUACCACCUCGACAACAAGAACAAAGGUUUCUAUGUUUAUUUUGUGUGAAAAAAAAGUAAAAAAUCCCGUGUAAAGGGAUUAUUUAAUUCUAUUUGUUUGAUAUAGCUUCCCCCUGCACUAGACUAAAACUAGCCGACUGUAUGUAUGAGCCAGACUGGGUUAUCUUGUUAUCUAGUUAAUGGGAGAUUCUCUCUUUUCCUGUCUCUGUUACAUAACCAUUACCAUAAACUACCACAGCUGACAUGCUUAAUGUCUGUUUAAAGUUCAAAGGCAACAAAUCCUCCUCCCUGUGACCCUUUUAGACAGUUUUUAUCAUUAAACAUGUGCCAUGACUUCAGCAACUAUUGUUCCAUUUCAAAGCAAUAAAAAUGUAGCCGUACCUAGUAAAUAUAGUAACUGGAGCCAAAACCACCACCUUCAACUCUCUUAGACCCGUCGAGUUAGAAGAUGAAUUAUACAUGGGUGGAUGGCACAUCUGGGUUGAUUGACAGGUUACAUUAAAAUGUUUUUACAUAUUUUUAUGUUCCUGGACUGAACAUCUACAGAUGCAUCCCUACUUUGAAUAUGUCCAGUUGAUAUCGAGCGUAUCUAGUUAAAUAAUAAGCCAGAAAAUCAUCCAGCAUCAUUUUGACCUUUUUUUUUUUGUUUGUUUGUUUUCCCUUAAACUGUCUAGACAGAAUUCAUUUCGGUCACGCUUUUCAAUCACAUGUCUCAUGACAGCCUGUUUCAAUCAAAACAGGCAUUUUCACAGGACAAGUAUGACAGCUCCGGGUAUUUAUUCACCUCAAAACUGUUUAAAUCCGUUUCUUGCUUGUCGCUGCAGUGGUUGUGUGGUCAUGAGUUCCUCUAAAAUGUGUAUGACCUACAAUUAAACGCUGUCCCUGAACGCAGCUCAUUCAGGCCCUGAACUUUACCUGUAGAAAUUCUAAUUAUUUGUUUAUUGGAGUAAAAAAAUUGAAAGUAAAAAAAAAAACUGAAAGAUUUCAUUAAUUAAAAUGACUGAACCCAAUAGAGAGAUAGUUAAUUAUUAAACAUAUAUUUCCCUUUUUUUGUGUGUGUUCACGCUAAUUAAAUUUAAUAACUUAAACUUAAUAUUGUUAGAUCAACAUGGGAAGAUCGUUUCCACACAGCCAAUUAAAUAGUUUACUGUACUGCAGAGACAAAUGUGCAUACAGCAUCACCAGCUUUGCCUCUAGUUUUUCCCACAUGUGCUAUUGCAAGAAAAACGUAGCCGACAGCCAUUGUCCCCACAGACGAGAACGACGUGUUAAAUUGUUGAAGGGACUCGUCCAACCUACACAAGCGACUUUCAUUAGUUGAUCAUCACAAUGUGAAGUACAUGGGCUGAGCUGGAACAUAAGGGGGUGGCUGGCGGGGGACCACUAACGCAUAUGUGUAGUGGGCCAGACAUCACGGAGACAAGCUAUAAAAUGUUUCCGUCUCACACGCCAAGUGACCCAUUUCCAUUUCAAGUGAGUGCCGUUUGAAUCUGGGAUUCACUUCCUACAGUACAUCAUAACACAAAGUCGUACUGUCACUGUUCUUCUUGUCUGACUUGCAAACGAGAACUCCCAUCUGAUCCUGCACUUUAGCUUGUUGGACAAGCGAACAGCGAAGGCCAACAUUCACGGGAGAAAAGUGCACCGUAUAUUGAGUGCAGCAUUGCUAUUCAGCGCCACAGCUAUCCCCCUGGUAAUACGUGUCUGCCACUAGGUUGUAAGCUGCAGGGCAAGUUUGUUUGUUUGUGUCUUUCUGUCCGGCUGCUGCCAGUCAAGUGUAGACACUGACACGCACCCUGUUGAGAAUGACCAUUUCAGAUUUCUUUAACAGUUUAAAACUAACGAGAAGGAAAAAAGAAACAAAUUAAUUGGUGAGUAAUUGAUUCCUCACAAAAUCACAUUCGCACGUAUGUUUGUAUGUUUGCAGUAACGUACCCAUAACCAGACUUUCACCCCUCGGACCAGCUGGUUGAACACAUCUAGUUGACAUUCAGGGUACAUAAAAGAGAAUUGUGCCUGCAGAUGCAUUUACAUAUUUUGGAUUAACGUGGAAGAAUCCAUCUCCAGUGAGCAAAUUGCACCCUCAUUUUUGACACAUGAAUGCUUCUCGGGAAUCAUGAAACACCUCCUUGCAUGGCACUGAAUGUACGGUGACUUUUUGUCCACGCCCAAGGUAUUUACCGUGUGAUUACUGUGCUUCAUCUUGUACAGGAAUAUAAACAGCAAAUUUGAAGUACCGGACACAAAUUGUAAAAAAAAAAAUCUGCUUCCUCUUAAUUCUAGUUUUGUAUGUGACAAGGACAUUGUAAAGUCAACACUGCACACUCAAAUGUUCCGUCAUCAUUUAAUCUGUUAUCACUGAAGUGGCUUUAACAUGUAGAUUAUGUGACAAUCCUUUAAUAACCUUCACAUCCUACUUGAACACGUCCAAAAGAUAUAAACGACUCAAACAGAAAACUAAAGCCACCCGAGUAUUGAUGUCACUUUAGCAGAUUAAUCGGUCACAGUACGAGCAGUUUAUUUCCCAGUUGCCAACAAUGGCCACUUUAUUCACAGUGGACAAGACAGACAGUAAAACAUUCCUGUGAAACCUUUUUGUUUUUUUUUCUUCUGCAGUGUAUUUAUGGACCAUGUAAUGUUUGUUCUGUUUUUGAAUGGUAAUAAUGUACUUUACAUGAAAUCAAUCUGGGGAGUUUGUUGUUUUUUUGUUUUAUUUUUUGUUCCAGUUUUACUUGAAUUGAUUAAUGAUUACGUCUGUAAUCCAAAUUUGUUUGAUACAGUAAAAGAUUUAAAUUGGU